AAAGGCUGAGAGAAUGAGAGCAGAAAAAGAAAGGAUGGAGAGAGAGAAGAUAGAGAGAGAAAAAACACAGAAGGAAGAAAGGGCCACUUCAACGCACCGGGCCAAUGGCCUCCACUCCCAGAUGUCGCCCCAGAAACAGCAACCCCUUGAGCAGCAGCGUACUUAUGAAGACAAACAGCAGAAGACCAAAGGCAGCUCCUUGCCAACUGCAGAGGGAGCCAUUCUCAGCCAGUUCUCAGACAAGACAAGCGAUAAGAAAACCCUCAAAAGCAUCUACCAUCGGGUUACGACUGGAGAUGAUCUCUCUCCUGCGGUUCCGGAGCUGAGGCUGGUUCUGCUGGGCGGUUCCGGGUCGGGGAAGAGCGCUGCGGGGAACGCCAUCCUGGGCCGGAAGGAGUUUGAGUCGCGGGCGGACACAGGGGUCACCCAGACGUGUGAGAAGGGCCGGGUCAUCCUGGGCAACAAGCGGGUGGCGGUGGUGGACACCCCUGACUGGUUCCGCUCCGAGCGCACCCCGGAUGAGGUCCGCUCCCAGCUCUCGUCCUGCGUGGCCCUGUCCACCCCGGGGCCCCACGCCUUCCUCUUCUGCGUGCCGCUGCACCGGCCCUCGGACGCCGGCCAGCUGCAGGCCCUGGGAGCCCUGGAGGGCGUGUUCGGCGCCGGGGCCGUCCGGGGCCACACGCUGGUCCUCUUCACCCACGCCGACCGCCUGAAGGAGUGGUCAGGCGGGGUGGCCGGGGUGGAGGAGUACAUCGCCUCCAAGCGACCGGACCUCCUGAAGCUGGUGGAAAAGUGCGGUGACCGCUACCACAUCCUGGAGAGGCCAGGGAGUGAGGGUGGAGGAGGAGGAGGAGGAGGAGGAGAGGAGGUGGAGAGGAGGAGUGUGGAGGAGCUGCUGGAGAAGGUGGAGCAGACGGUGAGGGAGAGCGGAGAUGGUCACUACAGCUGCCCGCUCUACCAGGAGGCGGACAGCCGGGUCCGGGACCGCCAGGCGGAACUCCUGCAGGCCAGGAGGGAGAGGAGCAGGGAGCACCUGGUCACCCUGCAGGAGGAAGAGGAGGACAAGGCCGCGGAGGUGGAGAGAACAAGGGACGAGGCGGAGAAGAGCAUCCAGCUGGACUCGGUCCCCGUGCUCUCCCUCCCGCCUGCCCAGUCCAGCUCGUUCCUGCGCUCCGUCGGGGAGAAGGUGGCGGCCGGGGUGGUGGCCGGCGCGAGGAAGGUGCCGAAGGUGCUGGCCGGCGGGGCCUUGCUGGGAGGAGGGCUGGGGGUCUUCCUCGGGGGGCUCAUCGGAGGGGCGGUGGGGGUCACGGGAGGGGUCGCGCUCGCCGAGGUGGCCAGACGGAAGCUCAGCAGCAAACGGACAGAGAGUGACGGACAGAAAGUCGAUGAGAAGAAAGUCGUGAGCGCUCUUGAGGCUCAUGUGGAUUGACCAAUGACUGUAUAUAUGUGUAUAGUCAUUGGGAUUGACUGACUGUAUUGUUCCAUUGCAACCUGUCAUUUCCACUCUAUCUAAAAGAUUUUAGGUUGAUUUAAAAGUGUAUAUGCAUAGAUAUACUAUACAUUUUCUUAGAAGCACCUUACAGUUUAUAUAGGAAGGUACCUGAUAAUUCUCUCACAACUUCAAGUAAAAGUGAAAAGUACAUUUGCUUUAAUAUCAGAACAACUAGGUGUUGAAGAGUCAGUCACGUCUGUGUUGUAUUAUCAGUAACUCUGGUUACAGAAUAAAAAAAAAAACUUGUAUUAUGGUUCUUCCUUAAAAAACAUGUGAAAUUUUAUUGAAAAGCAUGUGACAAUGUUAAACAAGUUGAUGGUUGUUUCUGAAAUGCUAUACUGCUAAAGAGAUUAAAUCUAAAACAUUGCUGUCUUUGCCACAAGGUGGCAUUCAAGUUCAUUAAGAGGUAUUGCCACACUUGCGAGACAUGUAGUGUAAUCAGCAACACAAUCAUGGGUCAUGAAGCUUAUCAACUGUGAAAUGCCUCAUCACACCUGAUGUGAGCAGGCUUAGUAAGACAGUUUCUCUGUGUAUGUAUGUAUCUAUAUGUGUCUAUGUAUGUUAUUUUGUCUGUGCAUGUAUGUGCAUAUCUAUCUACAUUCUUUGCUGUGUGACCGUCUGGAAGAGUGCAUACAUGUUAUGGGUAUUCGGGA